AUGCAGGCGCAUUAUUUUCGCUCGUCAACUAGCCCGAACCAGCCGGGAGGGUCGUAUGAGCUUCCCCCUGUCCACGCGGUGACUUCGCCGCCAGCGCCUCUUCUUCAACCGCCCGGCCCACCACCACCCGCGGCGGCUUCGUUGCUUUCCGCACCGCCCAGUCGACCCGACAGUGGACUGCGGAUGGGGAUGUCCCAGCUGCUGCAACCCUUGGCUCAACAGUUGCCAACCCCGCAACCCUCCACUGCCGUUACUUCCCUUCCGCCUUACUCGCGUUCGUAUGAGUCCAGUGGUUCGCCCGCAGAGGGGGCUUCGAUCCUCGCCGAUGCGUCUUCACUCUCCGGACAGGGUCCGGGAAUGCUACAGCCGGUAGGUGGUGUGUCCGCUGGACCGCAACCGCAUCAUCAGCAAUCACAGCAGCCUCUGCAGCAGAAGAGGGCGUAUCGGCAGCGGAGAAAGGACCCUAGUUGCGAUGCGUGUCGGGAGCGCAAGGUCAAGUGUGACGCCUCCGAGUCGUCCAGUUGCACAGAAUGCACCAACCGCAAGGUGCGCUGCCAAUUCACUAAGGAAACCAACAGGCGCAUGUCGUCUAUUAAGUUCCUACGAUCGGGGAUGCUGAGGUCGGACAAUCUAAUGGAUCUCGACAUCGAUGCAACGGGCCAACCGCAACUGAAGCUACCGGACAUCGGAUACCGUCCCCCGCGCCGACCAAAGGCGCCCUUGAUGCAGGAUCUGACCGAGGCACGAGUCAACCUGCGCAGGUACGGUCGAGGAAUCCUCAAAGUGCCCCCUCCCUAUCGUCAACGGGGCCCCAAGUCCUUGCUCACCACGGAUCCCCCACAACUCCCACCAAAAGAAGUGGCCAAUCGCUUGCUCGGUCAAUACUAUUCUUGCAUCCAUUCCAUCCUUCCGGUGAUUCACUGGCCGACUUUUGUGGCGGAGUACGAGGAAGUCUAUCAAGCAGGGUCGCUCUUAGGUGUGUCUCGAGAAUGGGCGGCCGUUUUGUUUGGAGUCUUUGCAUGCGGCUCCCUUCAUACCCUGGAACGGAAUCGAGAACAAGAAGGCAAGGAGUUUGUGAAGAUCUGCUGCGGGGUCAUUGAUGUAUGGCAGGACAACUUCACUCUGGAUCAGGCGCGGGCGGCGCUACUCGCCAGUAUCUUCCUCUACGAAGCCAAUUCUCGGUCGGCUAGCUGGGUGUGGAUUGGGUCUGCUGUGCGAGUGGCUCAGGAGAUUGGCUUGCAUUUGGAGUCGGGACCCUGGUCCCCUCUAGAGGGCGAGAUGCGCAAACGAGUGUGGUGGGGGAUGUACACUUGGGACCGGCUUCUUGCGCUAGAGAUGGGCAAGCCAGUCCUGAUCAACGAUCAGGAUUGCGAUGUCGAUCUUCCAUGCCCCGUCGAUGAGCAGUACAUUUCGGAGGGCAAGGUUGUCUCCGAAAGUCCGCAAACGAGUUCGCUCCUCGCGAGCAUCCAUGUUGUCCGGUCGAUCGGACAGCUGUCACGAACCCUGAAGAGCCCAACCAUCAGCCCGGCCACCCUGGAAACUUUCGAGCGACACUUCAGCGCCUGCUUAGCCACAUUCCCUCCUCAAUAUCUACCGCGGUCCGAACAAUACCUCGACCCCCGGUCGCUCGCACCUAUAAUCUACCUCCAGAACGCGCGUCUCCUCCUCCAUCGCCAUAACAUGUCCCCAUACUGCGGCCCCGAGGCGCGUAGGUCGGCGAUGGAGUUUUGCGUGUCGACAGCGCAGGAUACCGCCCGUCUUCUCUCGCGUUGCAUGCGAUCUCCGCCUACGAGCCCGCGUCAUGGACACUCAACAAGCAGCGGUGAGGAUUGGCGACCACUGUUUGCCGCAUCGGCCGGGGCUAUGCUGUGUGUUCAUCUCUGGCGCUGUGUGCUGUUGCUCCUGUUUCGUCAAGAAUAUGCCGCUGCACUGGUCUGUGUACAAGCCAGUUCUGUGAUUGGGGAUUCACGCGCGGUGAACGCGGCUUGCGGACAAUACUUAGCAUUCUUCUUGAAGACCCUCUGCCAGCGCAGCGAGACUAUCAUGCCCGAGCGCGACGAGGAGCUGAUUGCAUAUGUGUCCGGAGAUAUGCAAGGGACGAUUGAGAGUAGCUGGGUCUGGCAAGGAAGCGAAACGGGCUCUCAACUCGAAACGAUGUCACCCCAAAUCAGCAGUCCUGCCUCAUAUGGCCGCCCCGAUACAAUGAUCGCGGAGAAUUGGGAAGGUUGGGAUUGGGUCGAACAAACCGUGCGGUAUAUGAGUGAGAGGCAGCAGCAGCAGCAGCAACAGCAAGAGUUACAACAACAUGCUUCGAAGCCUGCGGAGUCGGCUUACCUGGGCCCUGACGCUGCAGCCACCAGCUCAGAUGCAACCACGCCUCAGUCAAGCUCAUCUCAUUCGCGCAUGACAAUCGCCAGUAUAAUUUAA